UCAGUCAUGACACAAUUAAAGAAUUAUUAAUGAAAAAAGUUGUUAUUUUAAGAAAAUUCACGACAUAAACAGCGUGUAAAAAAGGUUUCCUCUCACGAUCAAUUUAGAUAACUGUCAAACUCCCUGUUGUUGGGGGAUCAUCAUAAAAAUAAACGUAUAAAAAUAAUAUGAUGAAACUCACUCACUCAAUUGUAUGGAUGGGAUAUAAAUCAUUUUCUAUUCCUAUUUGUUUAUACAGUGAUACGAACAGUUAAAACAAACGUCAAAUAUUUGCGAAUUUAUCACAGCAUUUUGUCUCUAUUUAUUAUGCACCCUACUAGUAGAGAUUCGUUAUAAGUUUGUGACCUGGUUUAGUAACAAUUUUAGAAUACUUUAAAUAUAUGCAGGUUGUACUUAGAUUUUUGAAAUUUUCAAUUGACUGACUAUCUGCUUUAUUUAAAAAUAAAGACGAACAAAUAUAAUUUUAUAACAUUAAAAAAUAUGAAUUAAUUUUUUAUUAAAAAGAAAAACUAAAAAAGGGUGUUAGAAAUUCGAUGCAAUCGAAUUUUCACACUUUAUCAUUUCAUGUUUAAUUCUUAAAUUUAGUGGGAUAAUUUACAAGAUUUAAGAUAAUUUUACUAGACAAAACAUUUUAAGAAUAGAUACACCAACCUGCAACCAAAGUUAGUAAGUUGUUAGACUACAAGCGCAAAAGUAUAGCUUCUCAAUGGAAAAAGGAAUUUGACCAAUUUAAACUAUUGGAGUUAAAAUGUGGUUUUAGGAAAUAAUUUAAAAAAAAAUCAUAUAAUUGGAAAAGGUCAUUCAGGAAGUCAGCAUUAGGAUAUUUAUCAAAGAAAACUGUGUGAAAAUAGAAGGCGAUAAAAAUGGUGGGAAUAAUAACAAAUACAGCUGAAAAUGAUAAGGGCGAUCAUAAAGCUCGAUCACUCGAAGAUGAUAAAACACCAGCUGAUUUCGAAAAAGCUAUAUCAACUGCGGGUUUUGGACGUUUCAAUAUAUUUUUAUUGCUGGUAGCAUGUCCGGCCGCAAUGGCUUCAGUUGUUGAAACGGCCGUUAUAUCCUAUAUCCUUCCCAGUGCAGAAUGCGAUUUAAAUUUGAAUCUUCUUGAUAAAGGCAUCCUUAAUGCCAUAACUUAUUGUGGUAUGAUAAUAUCGGCCAUUGGUUGGGGUUAUCUAUCUGACAAGAAAGGCCGAAAGAAACUAUUGGUGUUUGGUUACCUGAUGGAUGUCAUUUGUGUUCUUUGUGGAGCCAUGAGUCAAAAUGUUACACAAUUAAUGAUUUCGAAAUUCUUUGGUGGUCUUGUUAUGUGUGGACCAUUCGCUGUACUGAUGUCAUAUUUGACAGAAUUCCAUGGUACUGAACACAGGCCCCGUAUUAUGAUGUUAAUAGGUAUAAUGUUUUCUAUGGCCUCUAUUUUGCUACCGGUUUUAGCAUUAUUAAUUUUGCCAAAUGAAUGGAAUUUCCGAGUGUUUAGUAUGAACUUUCAUUCCUGGCAAGUUUAUUUUGCUAUUUGUUGUCUACCAAGUCUUUUAAGUGGUAUUCUUUUAACAUUAUUUCCCGAAAGCCCACGAUUUUUAAUGUCACAAGGUAGAAAUGCGGAAGCUUUAAAAGUUUUCCAAAAAAUAUUUGCUAUUAAUAAAGGACAACCAGCAGAAAAUUAUCCAAUCAAACAUCUUGUCAAUGAAAAUCCCAACCACAAAGACUCUGAUCCAGCAGAUAAUAUUAGUAUAGCAACAAUUGAAGCUGCUAUCACUACUGCCAAAACUGAUAAGGACCAAAAAUCGAAUACCAUCAACAAUAUACAAUAUACAAAACUUAAAGUGCCUACUGGUUUUAAGCCGCUUUUCUUUAAGCCUUAUUUGGGAAUGUGCAUAAUUGUGAAUGUUUUGAACUUUUUUAUAUUAUUAGGACAAAAUACCAUACGUUUAUGGUUACCUCAGCUAUUCGCAUCAUUACAUGAAUAUGAACAAAUAUCGAGUGAAGCCACCAGCAUGUGUUCCAUUUUAGAAUAUAGUGUCAAUAAGACACAAAUGGUACAAACGGUUCAGAAUCCUGUCGAAAGUUGUGUUGUGGUAAUUACACCUGCGACUUAUACAAAUAAUAUUAUUGUGGCUGUAACAGGAUUUGUUGCUUAUUUAGUCGCCGGUUCGCUUAUCAAUGCUUUAGGCAAUAAACGCAUACAAGUUUUUGGUCUCUUAAUUGCUGGCACAAGUGGUAUUGCUCUUUUCUGGUCCUCAUCGGCAUUAACGACACUCAUUAUAUCUUCAUUAUACGUUUGUAUGGGAAGUAUUUCUUCAACAUCGGCUAUCGGAACAUCGGUUAAUUUGUUUCCAACUUCAUUAAGAACUAUGAUUGUUUCACUAUCAAUGAUGUUUGGUCGUAUGGGUUCCAUUACGGGUAAUGUACUAUUUCCGGUUUUCAUGUCGUUCGGCUGUAUUCCACCAUUUGUAAUGGUCGGUGCUGUAAUGUAUAUUGGUGCUAUUUUGUCUGCUUUACUGCCAAGUACAAAGAAAAUCGAGCUUAAAUAAAAAAAGAUUUUCAAUAAUUUAUUUCCAAUAUAGUUUAAUUCGUAUAAAUAAAUAUUAUUAUGUGUGAUACUUAAAUGUAAAUAUAU